AUGGAAGCUUCUAAAGAGGAUAGGAACCUUACAGAUUUUAGAUAUGCUUGUGUUGGUUAUUCCGUUUACCAGGAUCAGAAAGCUCGCACAGCUGAUGGGCAAGAGGUUCAAACAGAAUUGCCAGUCCGUGUUGGCCUUGAGGUUUUGGUGGAUAUAAGGGUCACCUCAGCUGAGGCAGCUCCGGCUCAUGCUCGUAAAAGAGAAGGAAUCAAUAAUUGCAAUGAGUGGAUCUGUCAGCAUGUCAUGGAGUUCCACAACCUUGCUCACCUAAACCAACUCACUCAGCUGGUGAUGAGUUUCUUACCAGGCAAGCAUUCUCAGAAUCUUGAUAUGAAGUUCACCAGGAACCCAAAUUUGGUGGCAAUGGGGGUUGCCAAGAACUUACAGAAAGUGGGAAACCGAAUAAAAGAAGGUGUUGAUGGCAUUUUCUAUCGACGACCAAAAUAG